UUAACCAUUAAAAGUUUGAGUGGGUUUUGUUUUUGCUUUGCUUGAUCCAUUGAUCUUAUUAAGCACUUGUUUGCUACAAUUGCAAGUAAAACUCUUUCAGAGUACGAGCGCCGUAUUUACGAAGACCUAGAAAUCAAUGGCUCUUUUAAGUGAGAAGGUUAGCAAUUAUAUAUCUGAUGAUCUUGUUUUCUCUAUUCUGUCAAAAUUGUCUCUAAAAUCUUUGAAUCGUUUCACAUGUGUACGCAAAUCAUGGGUCCUCUUAUUUGAAAAUCCUCAUUUCAUGAGCAUGUAUCGCAAAAAUUUCAUAUCUAAUAAUCGAUCUUAUUAUUAUGAUGAUACAUCCCUCCUCUUAAAACAGACUCUACUAGAUUUUGAAAAUCAUUCUAUGUUAUAUUUACUUUCUGGUGAGAAGUUUGAUAAUAGGAUCAAAUUAGAUUGGCCGCCUCCAUUUCAAGACAAUGAUCGUCAUAUUAAUAUUUUGGGUUCUGGAAUUAAUGGCAUUCUUUGUCUCUAUGUCGAAGGCACUAGUUCAAAAGUUGUAGUAUGGAAUCCAUCUAUUCAGGAAUUCAAGAUCAUUCCUCCUAGUCCAGUGUUGUCUGUACCACCUUAUGUUAAUGUUGUGCUUAAACUUCAUGGAUUUGGUUACGAUUCUGUUAGAGACGACUAUAAGAUUAUUCGAUAUGUAGAUUUUUUUCCAGAUCCGUACAAUUUUAAAUAUGAUUCGAGAAAUGUGAUAUCGUCAAAAAGGCCAUAUAAGUACAAACCUUUAUGGGAGAUAUAUAGCCUUAAAAGUAAUUCUUGGAGGAAACUUGAUUUGGAUAUGACAAUUUUUUGUCACUACCUUAGUCGUCGGGGUGUUCAACAUAAAGUGUACUUGAAUGGAGUGUGUCAUUGGUUGGGCAACACUGAAACAAAUAUGGAUAAUAUAUGUUUGAUCUCAUUUGAUUUAAGCAAUGAAGUGUUCUUUCGAACAUUCAUACCCUCAAUUACGGACGAUGGUAUCAAUUUGGAAUUAGUGAAUUAUCAUUUAGGGUUGUUAAAUAAGUCCAUUGCUCUGAUAUUUAAUAUUAUACAAACGCAAACUUUUCACAUAUCAGUUUUGGGUGAAAUUGGUGUGGAAGAAUCGUGGACUAAGCUCUUCAUUGUUGGACCAUUACCUUAUCUUGGACAUCCUAUUGGAAUAGGAAAGAGUCGAAAUAUAUUCUUCAUAAAAGAAAAUGAUGAACUAGUCUGGUGCGAUUUAAGUACCAACACAAUUCAAGAGACUGGUAUGAAAGGAAAUUUAUUUUUUUGUCAAAUAGUAAAUUAUAAUUUAUAA